CCCAUCUGAAGGAGCAUCUUACAGGCUAAUCAGGUGGAGCUUUCCAUCCAGCCUCAGCAUCCGCCGCCUCCCAGAAGAGGAGAGCCGACAGACGGUGUUGCUACGUGCGAGGAGGUGUCCUGUGUGCUCGUUUUUCCCCCCCUCUCCGGUUAAACAUGGUGGAAAUGUCGGAUAUGGUAUGCCUUCUCGUCCCGCUGCUGAUGUUUGCGGGGUCCACCUUUCAGGCGGAAGACAAGAGCGUCCGAGAUGCGGAAAAAUCCGGGAAUUUCAUGGAAGACGAGCAGUGGCUGGCCACCAUUUCACAGUACAGCCGCAAGAUCAAGCACUGGAAUCGCUUCCGAGAUGAGGUUGAGGAUGAUUAUGUGCGUACCUGGGAUGAAAACCAAGGCUCUAAUGACAAUGUAGACACCACCAAGGACCCUUGUCAAAAGGUUAAGUGCAGCCGACACAAGGUGUGCAUCGCCCAGGGCUACCAGAAAGCCGUGUGCGUCAACCGCAAGAAAAUCGAGCACAGACUGAAGCAGCCCACUCUCCGCUCUCCUGAUGGGAACUGCCAGCCCUGUCCCAUCUCCUCCACCGGGCCAGUGUGUGGAUCAGAUGGACACAACUACGCCUCAAAGUGCAAGCUGGAGCAGCAGGCGUGCCUUACUGGGAAAGCUCUCACCCUGAAGUGUUCAGGUCUGUGUCCUUGCCCAACUGCAGCCCCUGCAUCCAGGGAGGGGAAACACGAGAGCUGUACUGGGCAGGAUCUGUCUGAUCUGGGCGAGCGUCUGAGGGACUGGUUCCAGCUGCUGCAGAGCAAUGCCAAGCAGAACAACAACAGCAAGCAAGGGGCCAGAUCCUCGGCAGCCAGCACUACGUCAGUGCUGGACAGGAGCCUGGUCGCCAGCUGUAAGGACUCCAUAGGUUGGAUGUUCUCCAAGCUUGAUACCAAUAAUGACCUUUACCUGGAUCAGGCUGAGCUGGCUGCCAUCAACCUUGACAAAUAUGAGGUCUGCAUUCGGCCAUUUUUCAACUCCUGUGACUCGUACAGGGACGGAAAGGUUUCCACUGCUGAAUGGUGCCUCUGCUUCUGGAGAGAGAAACCACCCUGCCUAGCAGAACUGGAGAGGAUUCAAGUACUGGAUGGCGGCAAGAAAAAGCUUGGUCGAUUCAUCCCCAGCUGCAACGAGGACGGCUACUACAGGAAGCAGCAAUGCGACAGAGGCGAGUGCUGGUGCGUUGACCAGAACGGAGGAGAAUUAGCAGGGUCAAGGAUUCGCGGCAAGCCGAAUUGUGAUUCUGAAAUGACAUAUUCAGGGGAUUUCGGCAGUGCAGUUGGAUGGGAAGACGAGGAGGAGAAAGAAGCCGAGGAGACUGCAGAGGAGGCUGAGGAGGAGGAGGGAGAGGUGGGAGAAGUGGAUGAUGGGGGGUAUAUCUGGUGAAGGUUCAGCGCUUAGUCCAACCUCUCUGGGGGAGCAUUUUAAGGGUCCCAAACACACACAAACACACACACACACACACACACAGCUGACGAUGGACGUGAUGAAGUCACUCCACACAGAUUAACACUUGAUUAGAAAAACAUGGGGGAAAGUCCUGAUUUGGAAAGGGGGGGUGUAUUUAUUGUUGCAGGAUUGUUCUUGUCUUGGGAAAAAGGAAAUCGGGAAUGUUAUACAAAAAUUCUGGGUCUGGAGUUUAAAAAAAUAUUGCCGUUUAAUUGUGAAUCUUUGUUCUCUUUUGUUGUAUGUCCUUUGAACUAUCUAUGAGCUGUUUUUAGCUGAUGCAUAAUUGAGAUUUUAAGAAGUUGCAGGUGCUCGCAUAAAAAAAUUAUCCAGUUUGGGUGCUUUUCAAUAGUCUAGAUUGGUCUUCUUAAUCUUCUAUGUGUGCAGAUCAAAACCAGUUCGGGUUUUAGUUUGAAAGCUCCCAGUAAAGGAAAUUAAACUGCAUUAGAAUAUUGAAAAGCACCCUCUGACUUUAUUGUUUUCACCUCAUACGCUUAAGCUCAUAUGUGACAGUAGUGCUCUGUCUCAUUCAUAAGAAGUUUCUCACACAUCACUCCUCAGCUUGUACAUAUUGUGUGCAUCAGAAGACAGAAUGUCACCUGCUGGUCAAUGCCUUGAAAGACUGGCAGCUUUACCACUAAGCUGACAAGUGUACAUCGUAAUAUAAUGUGCAUCGGUUAUUGUGUUUAAUUAAAAAAUUGUCAAAUAAAAUAAAUCUUAUCUAUGUGGCUGGUCUGGCCACCGUU